AUGAGCGCAGAAGAUCAUCCAAUGGAAGGCGCGGAGCUGCCAAACGGAACCAUACAAAAAGCCAGCCUCCAACCGGAAGAUGAAGAUACGGCCUCUGACGACGUCAGCUACGGUGACGCAAGUGAUUCAGACCCACAAGACCUGGCUUUAGAGCAACUCAAAAGGCGGGGACUUCUUCCUACCGGGUGCUGUUAUGAUGAUCGCAUGAAGCUUCACAUGAAUGCUGAUUUCAGCUCCGACUCGCAUCACCCUGAGGACCCACGUCGUAUCCAUGAAAUCUUCAAGGCUUUCAAGGUAGCAGGUCUAGUCUACACAGGCCCAGAGACGGAGCUACCCAGAAUCAUCAAAGAGUGUCCGACACGGUACAUGUGGAGGAUUCCCGCCCGUCCCGCUACUCGAGAGGAAAUCUGCUUGGCACACUCAUCAGGGCACCUGACAUGGGUCGAGCAACUGGCUGGACUGAGUACGGCAGAACUUCGUGAACUCACAAAACGGUACGAUCAAGGGCGAGAGUCACUCUAUGUGGGGAGCAUGUCAUAUCCUGCAGCUCUCCUAUCAGCUGGCGGGGCUAUUGAUACUUGCAGGAACGUAGUGGCCGGCCAAGUCAAGAAUGCUUUCGCCGUAAUCAGGCCGCCAGGACACCAUGCUGAAUAUGAUGCUCCGAUGGGAUUCUGCUUCUUCAACAACGUACCAGUCGCCGUUCGUGUUUGCCAACAGGACUACGCCGACAUCUGCCGCAAAGUUCUCAUUCUCGACUGGGACGUUCACCACGGCAACGGGAUCCAAAACAUCUUCUACGAAGAUCCAAAUGUCCUCUACAUCUCCAUUCAUGUAUAUCAGAAUGGAAUGUUCUAUCCUGGCAAGCCACCGAAUCCCGAAACGCCCGAUGGAGGCAUCGAAAAUUGCGGCGCCGGCAUCGGGCUAGGCAAAAAUAUCAAUAUUGGCUGGCACGACCAAGGCAUGGGUGACGGGGAAUACAUGGCCGCUUUCCAAAAGAUUGUCAUGCCAAUCGCCAAGGAAUUCAAUCCUGAUUUGGUUGUUAUUUCUGCAGGUUUUGACGCUGCAGAUGGCGACGAGCUAGGGGGCUGCUUUGUUACUCCGCCUUGCUACGCUCACAUGACACACAUGCUCAUGUCUCUUGCAGAUGGGAAAGUCGCUGUAUGCCUAGAAGGAGGCUACAACUUGUCAGCAAUUUCAAAUUCCGCAGUGGCUGUGGCGAGAACCCUGAUGGGAGAACCGCCACCAAAGAUGACGAUACCUAAACUCAACAAAGAAGCUGCUCGAACCCUUGCCAAGGUUCAGGCGCACCAGGCUCCAUACUGGGAAUGCAUGCGUCCGGGGGUCGUCGAUGUUCCUUCUAUUCGAUCGCUACACGCUAGUCGUCUCCAUGAUGUAAUCCGAAAUGCUCAGCGGCAGGUACUUCAGGAGAAGCACAACAUGAUUCCUCUCUACAUACAACGGGAACACAUUUAUAAGUCGUUCGAAAAUCAAGUUCUCGUGACGCCGUUGCUCUACAGUUCAAGACGCAUUCUAGUCAUCCUUCACGACCCUCCUCAGUUAUUAGCACAAACUGAUGCCAUUGACUCUUCAUUAGAACCACAUAAUGCUUGGGUGGUGGAUGGCGUGACCCAGUAUAUAGACUGGGCAAUCAGCGAGAACUUCGGCGUCAUGGACAUCAAUGUUUCCGCCUAUAUCGCAAAGGAUGAAGACAUGGACUCGUUCAAUCCAGCACAUAGGGAGAAGGCCUUUCAGGAGCAGAUUCAGCAGCUAGUUUGCUAUCUGUGGGAUAACUUUUUGCAAUUAUACGACACAGACGAGAUUUUCCUCAUGGGUAUAGGUGAUGCCUACCUGGGAGUAAAAGUUUUGCUCAUUAAUCGAGAUUGCAAGGCGAAAAUUUCCGGCAUUGUCAACUACGUCACGGGAAAUCUGCGACCCGUCAAGUCGGACAUAGACCCGGACCUAUCCCUUUGGUACAAGGAGACUUCCAGAGUAUACGUGGCUAGCGAUCACGCUUGUUGGUCGGAUAAGGAUCUUACCAAAAAAGUACAGAAACGCAGAUUUGGCACGGUUAUUCGCAGUCGCGAGAUUGGCCUCAACAAGAUGAUGCAAGAGCAUGCAAAGGAGGCCCAGAAAUGGAUUUUAGGGCGAGUAUCGAGCUUUAGCCGUGGCGAUACCACCGAGGAUGAGGACGAGGCCGCAAAAUCAGGGGUCUGA